GCAGUGCGCAUGCGUUGAAAGGGGCGUAACUUUCCCGCCGGGGGCGUGGUCUAUCCGUUGAAAGGGGCGUGGCUCCGCGGCCCUCACUCUUCUCUUCUAUCUCCUCAGACUCUUGUUUCAUUCUUUGCGCCGCUUUGCUGCUCCGGGAAAUAGAAGCGCGGGUUUUUGAUUUCGGGGGCAGCAUUUUGAGCAGACAUGGCGUAGGUGCGUCCCUGAGCCGGAGUCCUGAUCGGGGCUGAUGGACCAGCAGGUUUGGGGGAAGCUGCGAGCCGGCGUCGGUGCUAACCUAGCGCGCUAGCUGGCCCGGCUAGCUGCAUGCAGCUACACAUUAGCCUGAAGCGUGACGCUCUGUCUACACCGAUGCUGCGGGCUUAACUGGUCUGAAUCAGAGCAGGCGACAGGAACAUUGCUGGUGGGUUGAAGGGGUGUGUAACAUGUAGCGGGGCCGCAGCUGCGGCGCCGAGCCUCGGCUAUGUAGCCGCGGAGCGUCGGUCGGGGAGCUGCUGCUAAACCCCCCGGAGGAGCGAGGGCAGAGCCGGGGACAGCAGAGCUAGUGCGGCCUGCAGGGCUGUGGUUCUUUUCUAUUCAGUCCAGCGGCGGGUUCGGAGGGGGUUGUUGUAACUAAACAUGUAAUAGCAGUCGGGGCUGGGAUCAGUCAUGUAAUAUUACUGAGGAGACGUGGUUUGUGAGCGAGAUGAGCAACUGUGGGCCAGCAGAGAAGAUGGAGCUGGACCUGGAGGGGCCGCCGUGCCUGGGCCAGGACGGAACCCUCAGGAGGUCCAACAGCGCGCCCAUGAUCAACGCACUCAGUGAUAACUCCCAGGUUUUCCAGAGAGAGGUCCUACGAAGUCGCAGAAACAGCACUACAGUUGUCAACAGACCUAACGUGGUCCCGUCAUCACCCAUCCGCGUCCCCAGCACCAGACUUCAUCAGAUUAAACAGGAAGAGGGAGUAGAUGUAAUGAACAGAGAAACUGCUCAUGAGCGGGAAGUUCAAGCUGCGAUGCAAAUGAGCCACUCAUGGGAGGAAAGUCUUAGCCUGAGUGACAAUGAUUUUGAGAAGUCGGCAUCCUCAUCUCCAAAGCGGAUUGACUUUGUGCCUGUAUCACCUGCCCCGUCCCCAACCAGAGGAAUAGGAAAAAAGCAGUGCUUCUCUCCUUCACUACAAAUACUGGUGAGCUGCAAUGGUCUAACGCCCAGUCCAAUACCCAGCCCAACACGGCGUUUUAGCCGGCGAAGUCAAAGCCCAAUCAACUGCAUCAGAGCCAGCAUACUUGGCCCAAUGAAACGCAAAGGUGAGUCGGAGAUGGAGAGUCAGCCGAAGAGACUCUUCCAGGGAACAACCACAAUGCUGACAUCGGACGUCUCCAACCUGUCCGACAUCAGUUCCUGUCAUUCUCCAGAUUUACUGGACGGCAGUCUCAGCAGUGUCUCGUCCACCGGCUCCCCGGGCAAGAUGGAGGGAGUGUCGCCUUCGUCGUCCAGCAACUCACCAUUCACAUCCCUUCAGGAUCUGUCUCCCAAGCGAACGGGUGAUUGCUAGAGACAUAAAAGACUGAAUGAAUAAAUAAGAGAGGAAAGGUGUUGUUCCCCUCUCAGACCCCUCACCUCACCAAAUUUAGUUGAUGUGGAGUUUCUCAUGAUUGCCUCUGAACUGCUGUUUUGUGGCCGUCUUCACGUCUAGAUACAUUUGAGCGAAGGAAACCAAAGCCAGUGGGCGGGUUUGUGUGCCAGACGUAGGUCUGGUGCAAACGGCAUUGGACAGUCAAUGCUGCUGUGUUCCAUAUAAAUUGUGCAAACAUGACUGAAGACACUGUGAGCACCAGCUGCUAGUUGAUGACGAUCGAUGGUGCUUGGCUUCCUAGUAAUAUUCUAACUGGCAAACCUGCAGAUCUGUCCUACCAGUUCCCCUUGCUGCAGAGAGACAAUGAGCACUGGACAAAAGACAAAAAGACUUUAUGGAUGUGUAUGAUUCCCUGUUUUUGUGCUGGACAGCUUUUUUUUUCCCUUCCCCUCUAGGCCUCUGUUUGUACACAGUCUGCAGAUUUUGUAAGAAAGAUUUAACUUAUUGUUUUCCUGCUCUGUUUAUAAAUAUGUAAAUAUUAACCUUGUCUGAAGUCAUAUUUAGUUUGUUUGGCUGUGAUGUGAAUGUAGGCACAGUACUUAAAAAGCAAAAGCUUUCUAUAUGAACUAUCUGCGGUACAACAAUGGAAACUUCCUGUUAUACUGUAUUAAUUGUUUUGAGAAGAUUUUCAGAAUAUUUUUAUGAUCUACGCUGUGAACAUUUUUUCUUUUCUCUCGAUGGUUCUUUAUGCCAGAGAUCCUAAAUGAUUUGCUGCAGUUAAAGUGGCCCAGAACGAGGAGUGGAUGAACCUCGCAGUCGAGCGUGAUUGGAAGCAAGAAGGCGGUCGUUCCUGGUAGACUGUCAACACUAAAGGUUUCCUUACGUCCUGUGUUUUUGUCAGGAGCAUUUUUGUAGAUAGAAGUACACAAAAGUUGACCUUUCUUUGCUUUUGGGUAUUUAUGGACGAAAGUUUAUAUAGAAUUGAGCGGGGAUAGGUUUCUAUCUCCAGUGAAAGUGAAUAAUUUGUCAUAAUUUACAUAAAAUCAGCUGGCUGCUGGAGCAUUUAUACAAAAAAAGCACCGUGACAUUGUGAGAGAAGAGACUGCUGUUGCUACUGUGGUUUCAUCUAUUAAAAGCUUGUUGCACAGAAGGCCAAAUCCUGUUAUGUUUUAAUCUUAAAUAGGAAAGAAGCAAAACUUUAUAUCUUAAAGUUAAAAGAUGCAUAGGAUAAGCCUGUGCUGUGAUAUUUGCACCUAAAUUUGCCAUCAGUCGCCAUGGUUUGUGUCCAUCCUCACAUAUGUAACUUAAAUGUUCUGACCCCCAUGUGGCUCUGAAGCAACAAAAAAAAAGGUGAUUGUAAAUCAUUUUCUAGAAGUGUGCCCUUUUUAAUUGAAGGAAUAUUGUGGCUUUGGUUCAUUUGAUGAAUGUCUUCCCUUUAUUCUGAGGUAAUGGAAGAAGCAGCCACUGGAGCUUUUUUGUUUCUGCCCUUCCGUCUGACAAAAUAUUCAGGGCAUGAAUUUAGCAAUGGAUUUUUAUGGUGUACUGUAUGUUUGUAAUUGACGGACUGUAACCUGUCAGGUCGGCUAACACCUUGCCUUUGCUUGUGACUUUUGUGAUUGUCGUCAUAGCAGACAUCAGGACCCAAUAAAUGAUUUCAUUGUUA